UUGAGGUUUUAUAACGCUAAAAACCAGUGGUCAGAUCAAUGCAAAUACUUGUGUAGUUUUACGCUGAAUAUCUAAACAGAAAACAAACGUGCCUUUUAACUUUAAAUUUAUCGACAGAUGGUAAUUUGUGGUGCAAGCUAAUAUAUGAGAAACUUGACCAUGGCUUAUCGCGAUGAAAUACAGACGCUUAAAACUGCUUUGAAAGAUGUUUUGAAAAGACAAGGAAUUCUGACAGACUUGAAGGGAAGAAUCCGAGCUGAACUUUUUAACGCUCUUGAGAACCCGGAAACUUCACCACCAGCAUUGUCCAGUGAAAACUUCUUAAUUAAUGAACUAAUUAUAGAAUAUCUCGAGUUUAAUGGAUACAAGCAUACCAGUUCAGUUCUUGUUGCAGAAUCUGGUCACCCCAGGGUUUCAUUGGGUCGAGAAUUUCUUGAGAAUCAAUUACAUGUUCAGAUGGAUAGAAGAACAGCCACAGU